CGCAACCGUUCGGCGCUAAUUUUCAAAUGGACGUCUAAACAGAUACAAGACGUAACAUCAGUUGACGGGAUUAUUUACCAUUAAAAACCUGAAUAAGCAAAGUCGCCAUGAGUGCAUUUAGUACCCCAAUCUCGAGGCCACGGCAGUGGUCCUCUCCAGCAAUAGGACAAAAAGCGGCUCUGUCGGCGACAAGCACACCUCUGUUGGACAACAUCCAGGGAAACGAUGAUGAACGAGAGAGACGUCAGAGACGCAGGUCUAAAGUUAUCGAUCUUCAUGGGAUAAAUGAUUCAUCCAUCCACGAGGCCGGUACCCACAGUUCUGCAGGCACCCCUGCCGCAGUACCUAAGCUGUCAUCCGCACAGAUCUCUGAACAUUACUCAACCUGCAUCAAGCUCUCCACUGAAAAUAAAAUUACCACAAAGAAUGCCUUUGGUCUGCACCUCAUCGAUUACAUGGCAGAUAUUCUGAAGGAGAAAGACUCUGAGCUCAACUUCAAGGUGGCCGCGGGCACCUUGGAUGCUAGCACAAAAAUUUAUGCUGUGAGAGUGGAUGCGGUUCAUGCCGACGCUUACAGAGUUCUGGGAGGGUUGGGCUCAGAGACCAAACCAAAAGAGAGUCAAGAUGGCAACGAGGAGGCAGAGAUGGAUGAGGACCGACAGGGAGAGCAGGUGGCCGCUAAGCAGCCUAAGAAACGACCUCAGAAGAAGACAGUGGAGCAGAAUCUCAGUAACAUCAAUCUCUCUGAAUCUGAAAUGAAGUGUGAGGUGGACCCCAUGUUCCAGCGCAUGGCUGCUUCCUUCGAUGAGAACAGCACAGCAGGCGUGUUCCUCUCCGUGUUAUUCAGUGAGGACACCCGCUGUGAGCUGCGCUUUCCUUCACAUAUGACACUACUGAAGUCACAGCCGUCUCCUGUACAGAUGCCACAUCAGCAUGUUCCUGCCUCACCGUUCACAGCUCAUUUGAAGACACUUGAGGAAAAACCCAUCUGUCCGUCUUUAGAGGAUUUCUCUUUUACUAGAUGGACUCCUGAACAAACAACAAACCUCAACCAGCUUCUUGAGAAGAUGAAACAGGGAGAGCAUGCAUUCGAUGUAAAUGCCGACAUUGAGCCGGAGGAGGACGAUGGUCCAGAUUUUGGGGAUCAUUUUGAUGCCGACGUAGAUGAGGGCAGACCAGGAGACUCUGAGGAGUAUAAGGAACACAGAGAUGCGUGUUUAAGGAGCCCUGAAAAAGGACGAGGUGUUAUUCCUAUUGGGCAGGUGGAUAUUGCCACCAUGUGUAUGCAGUUGUCUGAUCAGCCCCGAGAGUACUCAUACUUCAGUCCCAGGACAAUGGCUUCUUGGGUUGGACCAGGCUACUGGCUUUUUAAACCAGGACAUAAACAGGACCACAAGCCAGACAAAGAACCUCGGAAGCGAGCGCCAAAAAAUCCCCUGGUUAUUGAUUUUAAAGAAGAUAUUCACUUUCAUAAUUAUUUUCGGACAACAAGAGCAGCUACCACUAUUAGUAAGUCUGCUUUGAACAGCAGCAAUAAGAAAACCACACUUCCAGCAGACUUCCAGUAUCCACCUAGUAACCUGUCACAACUUAACCUCAAACCCUCCAACACACUCAGUUCAGAGGGUAAGAAGAGAUUAUCGGGUGAGCUAGGGGAGGAAAUAGGAGAGUACGACUACAAUAACCCCAACGACACAGCCAACUUCUGUCCUGCUCUUCAGGAAGGAGAUAGUGAGGAUGCUGAUGGAUUUGCAGGAUCUGAUGACUCUCAGACAGACAGACCGAACCCUUUUUCUCUGGGAACAGAGGAUAUCUCUACAUAUGGAGACGACUGUCUUGUCCCUGAGCCUCACAAAUUAAACAUUAUUGAGAUAAACUACGCCAAGACAGCAAAGACGAUGGAUAUGAAAAAGCUUAAGACCUCCAUGUGGAGUUUUCUAACAGAUAGUCCAGAAAAACCGAAGGAGGUGCAGAAUGAGACAACGGAAGUACCUGGCGAAAAAUCAUUUAGCCAGUCUAUUAGGAAUCUUGUUCAAAGACUCCCUUCCACCAUGGCUACAAAUCUUUCAGUACCCCUUGCUUUUGUGGCCCUUCUGCACCUGGCUAAUGAGAAGAACUUGGAGCUGCACAAGAUUGACAGCAUGACUGAUAUCAUCAUUAAACAAGGCCAAUGAAAAUGAAUAAAUCUUUUCUACAAAAUCUUUUCUUUAUUUGUAUUAUAAUUCAAGUAUGUUUUUAUAGUGUGUAUUUUUUUACUGUAUGCUCUUUAUGACAUGUCAUACAAAACUAAUUAUCUAGUGAAAAUGUUUUUUAGAUCAUGUUAAAAUAAACCCGAAACCACAACAGAAUUGUUCAGUGUAACUUAGAGAUGUGAUAAAAGUGCGUCAUUGUCAGGAAAAUGCUUGGCCGUGUAAAAGCCAUGAAUAACAAGAUUUUCAAGAUCAUCCUGUUUUGAGAGUUGUUUUAGUAGACAUGAUUGUUUCUCCGCCCUCAUUAAAAGUAAAACUGAAAUUGCUGUUCUCAGUCACUUUUUAUAGUUUUAUUUAAACCAUAUGAGGAAAA